CCCUCUCCAACAACAUAUAUAGACCUUGGUUGAGAUUUGGGAAAUCGAUCAGUUGCAAUAUAUAUAUAUAUUCACGUUUUAUAUAAGUUUCAUUUGCUUGUUUAAUUCACUAACAAUGGCUGCAUUCCACUUAUCUCUAUCACUUGUUGCUCUGCUUUUUGCUUUGUCUGCCAUUGUUUCUGAGAGUCGAGUUGCGAGGAAGGACCUGGGUGUGGAUCUUGGUGGCGUUGGAAUUGGAGCUCGAACAGGAAUAGACGUGGGUGUAGGAGGCAGCGUGGGUUUAGGAGGAGGCGGCAGUGGCUCUGGGUCUGGCUCGGGCUCGGGUUCUGGCUCUGGCUCUGGCUCUGGCUCAGGUUCUGCUUCUGGGUCUGGUUCAGGGUCCAGUGCAGGCUCGGAAGCAGGUUCAUAUGCUGGGUCUCGAGCUGGAUCUGGUUCAGGGUCCAGUGCAGGCCCGGAAGCUGGUUCUCGAGCGGGGUCAGGCUCAGGAGGAAACCAAGAACAAGGAACAGGCGAAGGCCGUGGACGUGGUUCAGGUUCAGGGUCUGGACAUGGUGAGGGUUCUGGUUCUGGUUCUGGUUCUGGCAGAGGAAGCGGAUCGGGCAGUGGUGAAGGUUACGGCGAGGGGCAUGGCUAUGGUAAAGGUUCCGGUAGCGGAGAUGCCAACUAAGAAUAUUAAAUAUGCUACGACAAAUGGUCCCGUAAAACUGAAAAUCUUUGUCAUCGUAUUUGUUAUAUAAAUAAGUAGAUGGUGAUGAAUAUGUAUCCUAUAAGUAUGGCCAUAUUAUAAUAUGAAAUAUUGUGUGGUGUGAUCA